AUGUUGCUACGGUUAAGGAUAGCCAGCGGCGUUUGGAUAUUCCUUCUAUUGUUUUCCUUCGUUCAUUUUUCAUUCUGUGUUAAGAGUAAGUUUUAUUUAUAUAUAUUUUUUUUUCAAUGUUAAGGGUAUCGAAGUUUGUUGUAGUCAGAAAAGUUUUUGGACCCAUUUUCAAGUUUUCGUAAAAAAUUUUCACAAAUUUAAAAAGGGUCUUCUGUACAGAUUGUUGUUUUAAAUUUCGUACAAGUGGCUGGAAAAGUUAUAGUGAUAUCUAGAAGGCUUUGAGGUUUUAAGAACCCCGAUCGGUCACAAAAAUGAAGAAGAAAAAAUUCAUGAACACUUUGAAAGCUCUUCUUUUUCAUACACUAAGCAGAAAGACCUGAAAAACCCCUAAAAGGAUCACUAAAAUAUAAAAUGAAGGCUUCCCAAAUCUCGAAAAACUUAAGGUUGAAGCAUAGAAACUAUUCUUGCGCUGAAAAAAAUCAAAAAUAAAGAAAGAUGAUUUUUCAGGUAAAUACGAUUUCGAUUUAUACGACGAUGAGCCGUCAGUAGACGCCGUAAUGGAGAGAUUUCAAAUAUAUUGUUCAAAAAUACAUAAAAGGUAACUUUUUUUUUCUCCAUUUUUUUUUUCAUUCCUUCCUCCUCAAUGCUUCCGUUUCUGAUCUGACGUUCGUGUUCCCACAAAAUCUCCGGGAUUUGUGGGUAGAAUCGAGCAUUUUCGAGCAUAAUCCACUGUUUUCACCAGCCUUAUCCAUCACUCUCUUAUCCAUAUUCGUGUUUAUUUAUAGCUUCAAAGUAAUUUCGAGACCAGAGACUUUAGAAUGGUGCAAAUUUCGCGACAACUAUAUAGUCAAGAAGAGGCAAAACGUCAAAAUCGAGAUUUAACUGCAAAAGUCAGUGACGCGAAAAGAUGAAUUGGCCUAUUCUUCAUCCAAAAAUAGCCGUGUUUGCGCCUUUUUUAGACACAACUUUUGUUUAUAGGCCCUUCGUGUUUCCGAUUUCGAGAAGAAAAAAAGAAAAAUUAUCCCGAAAGGGUCUGUUAUUUGAAGUUAGAAAAAAAAUGCAGCAUUUUUAAAAUUGGAAAAAGUCCGUUCGAAAUUUUUUAACGAACUUUUGUAAAAAGCCAAAAAAACGAAAAAAAUUGCUAGGAAUUUUUUUCUCCAUUACUUUUUUUCUCUUAUCAACUUUAAAUCUUCAUACAAAAAUUUUUUUCAAAAAAAUAAUAAAUUCGAUUCGAUUCGUUUGAAAAAUUUUUAGCCGAAAUGUUUUUUUAUUGGCCCUUCUGAGGAAAAAAAGACCGGAAUAUAUGAAAACAAAAUUUAAAAAUCCAAGAACAUUCAUAAAAUCCUUCAGCAGUAGAAUUUGCAUUUCAAGGAGAAAAAAAUUAUUCUGAAAGCAUUUUCCCAAUCCGCAGAUCCCUGCAUUAUUUUUAGCUAAACCGACAAAAUUCAAUUCAUUUUUCCAUUUCCUUGAGGGUGGAAAGUCUUUAAAUCCUCUUAUCAGCCCUAAUCUAUCAAAUGUUGAAGCUUUUCUGCGGAUUUUCUAAAUGGAGACAAUGAAUUUUGCCAGUCGCCGAGUGGGACAAAAAAUAAAAGGAAAAGGACGCUAAGUGCGCUCUAUAUAUAAUGAUAUCACAUUAAUUUCUAGAGUUCUUUAAAUAAAAUUUAUGGUUCUCAUCAAAAAAUAGAACUGCUUCAACAAUAAAAAAAAAUGAAAAGUUUUUCGCAGCAUUUUGCAGCGCGACUAAGGAAACUUAAGCUUUUCGAUACUUAACAUAAGCGGAAGAUUUUUUUAAAUGAAGAAUAUUUCCAGUUCGAACUUUUGCUGUAUCUAAUUCUGUACCCUUUUCUGCUGAAUGGAACUCAUAACAUCUUCGAAAAAUCCCAAAAAUUUGUUAACAUCGUUUCCGAAAUAUUUAAAGGCGCAUAGGGUGCUUUGAAAAUUUUCAUGAUGGUAUGAUACCUGAAAGGUCACAGAACACAGUUUUGAAUAAAAAUCAGUUCAGUUUCUUUUGGGCAGCUCUAUUUGAGAAAAGUUUCAGUAAAAGAUGUACUGAUAAGUCAAAAAUAGUGAUGUUCCUGUUUUAAAAGGGUUGAUAACAAAUUUUUUUUUUUUUCAAUUCAUUCAAACGCCUAUAUAAAACGAGAAAAAAAGAUUCCUAAAAUCCCCUCAUCACUCCCAAGUCAAUCCGGCUAUUGUGAAAGGUUGUUUUUGACGAAAAAUGCUGCUUGAGCCUCGAUUACCCCCCGCAAAAAGCUCAAAUUUAAGUCGAUGAGGUUUAAUACUUCACCAUAGAAGUUGGAACUUGAUCGGCGAGCAAAGGAUCAGAAAACAAUGAAAGAUUAGCAAAAAACACACACCUGAAAUACGGUGAACGGCGAACAAAGGAGUCCAUUUCCCACGCAAAAAUUCUGAUUGAUCAAACUUCCGCAAAGAAAAAAUAAAUGAUAACAUUCUCUCGAUAGAACGAACAAACUUUUAAUUAUUUCAGGACGCCUCCGGGGAUGACGAUACGAUCAGCUCCUUCGCGUCUCAAUAUACAACUUUGCAAAUUCAUCUCGCGACGGUGA